GUCAGCAUUAAAGACCUUGAUCCUAAGUAUGCCCAUAUUCAAGUGACUUACGUGAAGCCCUAUUUUGAAGACAAAGAAAUCCCUGAAAGAAAGACUGAAUUUGAAAGAAAUCAUAACAUCAAUAGAUUUGUAUUUGAAACUCCUUACACUUUAUCUGGAAAAAAGCAUGGCAGUGUGGAAGAACAGUGUAAAAAAAGGACCAUUCUGACUACUUUGAACUCCUUUCCAUAUGUAAAGAAGAGAAUUCCAGUCAAUUAUGAACAUCAGGUUAAUUUAAAACCUAUUGAUGUUGCUACUGAUGAAAUAAAAGACAAGACAGCAGAGCUGCAGCAACUCUGCUCUGCUGGUGAUGUUGACAUGAUCCAGCUGCAACUCAAACUGCAAGGCUGUGUUUCUGUGCAGGUUAAUGCUGGUCCUUUGGCCUAUGCCAGAGCUUUCCUAAGCGACACCCAGUCCAGCAAAUAUCCUACUAAGAAGGUGAAUGAGUUAAAGGAAAUGUUCAGGAAGUUUAUACAAGCUUGCGGAAUUGCUCUGGAGCUCAACGAGCGGCUCAUUAAGGAGGAUCAAGUGGAGUACCACGAGGGGCUAAAAUCAAACUUCCGGGAUAUGGUGAAAGAGCUUUCUGACAUCAUCCACGAACAGAUCUACCAUGAAGAUACAAUGCAUUCACCAUGGAUGCACGACUCCUUACAUGUCUUCUGUGCAAUCAGCGGAACAUCUGGUGAUGGAAGUUACUGUUCACUUAGACCCACUGCUGAAAUAUAAACAUAUCAGUCCUAUUUUACAGAGCUUUCUCAGGAAUACUUGGAACUGUGCGAAGGAUGUUUGAGAAAAUCCGUGAUGAGCAAAGAUUCAAUU